GCCCUGAAUACGAUAUCAUUCCCAUGAUGGGGGUUGGAAAGGAGUUUGAUCAAAAUGGACUUACUGUAUGUCAGAUAAACGCUGAGAUUCACCACAUAGGCGUGGAUUUCAAGGAACGAUUUGCCCCCUUGAUGAGGAAGCUUCUGAGCGACCGCCGAUAUGCUAUCUUGGCAGUUAAAUUCGUAGGACAUCAUCGCACCUUUUUGCUAAAUUUUGAAAAUAAAAAAUGCGUUGAAAAAUAUCUAGCACGAUUUUUUUGACU